CUUGGUUGGGCAGCGGCAGCAUCAACCCGACCCACCACCGCCGCCGCCGCCGCCGACUGUCUACGUGGCCUCACUUUCCCCACGGACGACACACAGCGCCUUUCUCGUCCUUUGAAGGAUUGCCCUCAACGUGCACAACAUACCCCGCCCCCUUGAUCAACAUGGAAUCAAACGCUGAAUCAUCCAUCGUGCCCGACUUGUCGUCGCUGUCCCUUGCCGACGCGGUCCAUGUCGAGGACUCUAUCAACGACACGCCCCGGGCAUUGGACGAGAACGACGUGCUUGGGGCGGAAGCCGACUUGUCCGAGGACGAGUCGAGUGACGACGUCGCGAGCGAGGAAAGCGAGGAAGAGGAGGAGGAAGAAGAAGAGGAGGAGCUGAGCUGGAUCGCGUGGUUUUGCUCGUUGCGCGGGAACGAGUUCUUUUGCGAGAUUGACGAAGACUACAUCGUCGACGACUUCAACCUCACGGGGCUGAACGGCAUCGUGCCGUACUACGACUAUGCGAUGGACAUGAUCCUGGACGUCGAGACGGCGCACGACGACGCGCUCACGGACGUGCAGCAGGAGCUGGUCGAGUCCGCCGCCGAGAUGCUGUACGGGCUCAUCCACGCGCGGUACAUCCUCACGUCCAAGGGCAUGGCGGCGAUGCUAGAGAAGUACCACAACGUGGACUUUGGGCGGUGCCACCGCGUGUACUGCCAGGGCCAGCCGGUGCUUCCCGUGGGCCAGUCGGACAUCCCGCGGCACACGACGGUCAACAUCUUUUGCCCUCGGUGCCGCGACAUCUUUUUCCCAAAGUCCCAGCGCCAAGGAAAUAUUGACGGCGCGUACUUUGGCACGACGUUUCCCCAUCUGUUCCUGAUGACACACUUGACGCUGGUCCCGUCGCCGCCCGCCCAAGUGUACGUGCCGCGAGUGUUUGGCUACAAGGUGCACAAGUCGAGCGCGUACUAUGUGGGCAAGAAGGACGCGCACGAGUCCAACGGCCACCGCCGCGGUCGGCGAAAACUCAUGCAAACCACAGACAAACAACCUUAACCACACAUACAAGAAGAGACUCAUCUAGUCCUGCU